CGUAAAGAGCGCAGAGCGGCUCAACGGAGAGAGUCUGAGAGUGUGCCGCUUUCCACCACUUCCUGGAUUACUGUUUGAGCUCCCUCCGACCAUACACGCUCUAUCAAUGAAGCUUGGUUCUUAUCCGUGAUUUCUUCGCCAUGAGCUGCCUGGAUGUGAUGUACCAAGUGUUUGGUCCUCAGCCUUAUUUCAGCUCCUACAGCCCCUAUCACCACCAGAAGUUGGCUUUGUAUUCCAAAAUGCAAGACCACCAGGACAGCGGCAGCCGGCUUGGCCCCCCAGCGAUCAAAGAGGAGGACAAGGAGCUGCCGCCCGGUGCCGAGUACCUGAGUUCCCGCUGUGUCCUCUUCACUUACUUCCAGGGCGAUAUCAGCGCGGUGGUGGAUGAACACUUCAGCCGAGCUCUCAGCCAGACGAGUGCAUACCCCGCGUCGAGCAGCCACAAGGCCGUAAGAGAUGGAUCCUUUCCUAUGAGCCAGAGAAGUUUCCCUCCGUCUUUCUGGAACAGUUCCUACCAGCCGUCAGUCUCCUCCACACUGGGCAGCGCUCUGUCGGCUCCCCACACAGAGCUCUCCUUUCCAGGUGACCCUUACUCCUCUGCCUCCCUGCACAGCCACCUCCACCAGUCCAGCCCCGAUGCCUGGCACCCAUCCCACCACCACCACCAUCACCACCAUCACCCUUACUCGCUAGGAGGUGCUAUAAGCACCCAGAGCUCAGCUUACCCACGUCCAGGUGUUCACGAGAUGUACGGCACAGCGUUCGACCCACGCUACGGCUCGCUGCUGGUGCCGUCAGUGAGGUCGCACCACCGCCUGACGUCCGGCAGCUCGGUACCGGGGCCCAGUGGCUCUCCCUGUGACCUCGGGGGUAAAGGGGAAUCGGGGACGGGGUCGGCCUGGAGCGGUGCCUUCACGGGGGCAGGAACAGAGAUUGGACUGAACAUGGACACAGGUCUGCCAGCACAGGAUAAGAGCAAGGAUUUGUACUGGUUUUAGAGACCACUGAGACCCCCCUCCCCCCUCUUCUUGUCUACUACUUCGGCUGUAGCCGCUUUCCUGCCCUCCUGCUCUACUCUACUGCUGUUGUGGGAUGACUGACAGAUAAAUUGACAGAUAGACAAAAACAGUGAGGCAGCAGUUUCUUUUUCCUGCUGUAACGGCUUCUGGUUUACUUGCAGCUCUGUGUUACGGCGGACUGUGCAGCAGCAGUGCAGCCCUGCUGAGCUGAACGGCAACAGUGUGGAUACACAGCGAACAUGGAAACAAAAGUGGACUCGCAGAGGGGAGAGAGAGAAAAUAUGAUCUUGAUGGAUAUGGACAAAGACAAGACUCUUUGUGCUUCUGUAACAGGCAGGGACAACAUUCCUAAAGUGGAAAAAGUCUUUGGACAGACGGACAGAGACACAUGUGCUGUCGGACUCCAAAGACUAGCGCCUGAAAAGACUUGGCAGGACUUGCCUCACUGGGGCAACUGGGCUCAGACACUAGGAGUGUGUUAUGGCUGGAGGAAAGGCCACGCUGGUGUCAAGGAGGCAGCACAGCAAGAUUUUGGCAGAGAGCGAAGGGAGGAGGACAAACUUUUUGGGUAUACAUGGAGUAAUGUUUCAUCCGGCACAACACAGUACACAUUAAAUGUAACCUGAAUGAAUGCAUUUCAACUGAUAUCAAAAUAUAUUUAAGCCAUGAUUACAGCUUCAAAAAUUUAAAGAGGCAUAUUUUUCCUGGCUUGUAGCGCUAAAUAUCCAUCUUAACUGUUUUGAUGUGAGAUGCCCAGUGUUUUAUACAUCAGCUGCCUUCUCCUAAAAUUGCACUAAGUGACAAUGUGGUGUUUAAAGUGGCAGACAUAGCAGCAGUAUGUCAUUCCAGAAAAAAUGAGCACAUCAUUUUUUUUUUUUAAUCCACCAUCUAGAACUAUUUCCUGUCUACCAAAUUCAGGCCCUGUCUUUUCUUAGUUUUUUUCCCCAUGUGCCACAUGGAAACUAUGUUCAGCAGGUGUAGCUUGGCAUGAAAAAAGCAAAACAAAACAGGCUUCUGGGUCAUGAUUUAUAGAAGGAGACACAAUUGCAGUUUUUUAAAAAUAUCCACAUUAUUGGUGCUUUGAACACCACAAGAUGAAUGCUGUGUAGUUCCACUGAAUUCAAGAGAAAGGCAGCUAGUAUCUCCAAAACUGGGAAAAUAUGGGAAAAUGUGUGAAGUUCCUUUAAGUGUGCUCAUACUUUUUAAAGAUGAAGCAAACUGUUGUCUCAUAUGGCACCGCGCAAAGUUAGGGCUCAGUAACACAGACCUGAAGAUCAAUCAGUAAUCCCCGCAACCUCUAGUCGUGAGGGACAAAUGUGGAUUCGUUGAGCCAUUGGUGAAUGGUUGCUUGUGGUUGGUGGCCGCCACCAGGUAAAUCGUUGCCCGGAGAUGCUGACUCAUCUGCAAAGACUUGCCAUUCACUCGCCAAGAUGUUGUGAAACUUAAUAGUGUGAAGCUGAAACUGCCUUCAAAGUAAAAGUGACUUACUACUGAUACCAACUCAGUUUAAAGUGCACAGUUUUUACUUUAAGGGCCAAAGGUCUCCAUUUCAAAUUUGCAUCGCAGUUUUGACAGUUUCACUUUGCUUUUUGAGUAGUUGGCGAGUGUUAACAGACAAGUCAGCAUGACUGAGGAACUCUGCUUUUGACUGAAGCAAUCGCAAGGAAGUUUUUAGUGCUGCACUGUAUAUCUCCAUGUAACCAUUUUGACAUUACCAACCUCAAAAAAACAGCUUUCAGUCAGAAUGCACACUUCAGCAUAGCUAACCAGAUGUCACCGCUUGGCGUCUAGGCCUGUGUGACUGAGGAUUUAAUAUAUAUGACAAUACCACAACAAAGAUGUUGGAAAACAAAUCAAUAUCUUUACAAAAUGUAGGCAUGCAGACUUUGUUCUCUUUGAGUGCAGCAGGCUGUUAGCUCAGUAAGCAUAGAUUUGAUGAUUCCAAAACAUCUCAAGUGCAUUUGGUUUAAAAUUUAAAAUGUUUUCAUCAAGGUUACUGCAGGAGCAUUACAUGUUGUAUCACGUGCUGAAAUUAUUACACCAAUUAUACUGCAAGGUUUUGCUGCCUUUCUGUUUUAUUUGUGUUUAUACUGAAAAUCUCAAGGUUCAGGAACUUGUGAUUUUUAAAAAUCUCAAGUUCCUGUUUUCUUGGCAUAUUAAGCACAUUGUUGGCCCUGACAGGAAAACCUCUUCCACCAACAUGUGAUGUAAAGGUCUCUAAACGUUUUAUUUGUUGUCCAAAUUGAAUCACACUUUAGGAUAAAUAUCACACUUUUCAAACUUCACCAAAUCACCAAAUCAGUGCUUGCUUGAAAACGCUGCCAACUGCUUCUUCUUGGUCAUAACCCAAACAAAAAUAACCCAAAAUACACUAUUAAAGGGGACCUGUUAUUGCUUUCUUUACUAUUUUUGGUCAUUCACAAUAAUUCACACAUUUUUUUUCUUUAUGUUUUGCAUGGAAAAUUGGAAAUAGGAGCAGUAUAGUGGAGCAUGUGCAAACACAAAUGCAAAGUUUGGCCAUUAUGAAACAGCUUGAAAGUCAAUAUUUGGUAUGACCACCUUUAUUCUUUUAGGCAGUUUUCUUGUUAUUUCUUGAAGUAGUCUUCAAGGAUAGUUCUCCAGGCUUCUUGAAGGAUAUUCAGAACUCUUCUUUGGAUGUUGGGUGCCUUUUGUCAUGAUGAACCCGCACUGCUUCAGUAAUAUUGAGCUCAGGAGCAGCAAACUCAUGACUGGUACCGUUCCAUUGUGUGAUUUUCUAUUCGGGUGUGCUUUCUGUGCAUUGGCACACCUGAAUAGAAGCCAUUGGCAAUCAAAUGCUUUCCAGAUGGAGUUGCAUGGUGUGUCAAAAUCCAAUAGUACUUUUCUGUGAUCAUAAUUCCAUCAAUUUUGAUAAGAUCACCAACACCACUGGUUAAAAUGGAGCCUCAAACCAUGACAGAGCCUCCACCAUGUUCCUCAGAUUGCUGGAGACACUCAUUGGUGUCCUUGCCUCGUCCGUACAUGUAGAAAACUAUUUGAACCAAAAAUGUAAAAUUUCGAUUUAUCACUCCAUAAGAACUGUUGCCAGUGAUUUUCAGCUAUGUCCAUUACAUCAACCCUUUCUCCCUAUUUCCCUUCCAUAAGAGCGGCUUCUUGACAGCCACUCUUCCCCUGAGACAUUUUCUAAUGAGGCUUCAGCAAACAACAGAUGGAUCAGCUGAAGGGCCAGAUUCAUCUCCAGGUCCUGUGUUAGGUCUUCGUUGGAUAUUUUUCUUCUUAAAUUUCUUAAAGACAUGAUUUUUUGGUAGUCUGUUGGCUAUAUAUAUAUGUAUAUAUUUUACACCUUUCACUUCUUCUUUUGUCCUUCAUUUGUCAGGUUUCUUCAAUUUUGUUUAAGACAGUGCACAUCAUGGCAGGAGAUUUAAAUUGUUGAGCUAGUAGGUCUUUGGGAAUCACCUUGUUGGUGCAGAAAUAUGAUUUUAUUCCUUUUAAACUGUUAUCUUUGGUGUUUUUCAUAGAUUCAGCUAUAGGAAUAUGCUUAUGCAGCAGCUUGCUACUAGCAAAGUGCCUACUGUAGAUAUACAAUUUAAAACUGGUUCUUUGCUAGGUUGUUACUGUAGACAUAACAGUGGUUAAUGCUUUGAGUUAGGUGCCUUUUUAUACUUGAACGAUUUAAGGGUUCUCUGAAAAUGGUCAGGUACAAGGACUGGACUAAAAAUGAAAGAAAAAGCAGGAAAAUUGCCAAAGAAAACAGUGAUUCAUGUAAAGCUACUCUGGUAGAGUCCAAGAAUGAAAGUUCUGAGCUGUAAAUAAGCAUGAUAGGUCCCCUUUACACAAUGAUAACUCAUGUCACAGAAAAUAUACUGUGAAAUGGCGAUACAUUUACAGGUUAACUGAGACAUUUGGUGUUGGUUGAAAAACCACUUAAAGUGAAUUAAAGCAUGUUGCCAUGGUAUAUAUUUAAUGUAAAACUACUUGAUGGGUCGAACUGCAUAACCAGAGCCUUUUACCUACCGCUGAUAGACUAAAGGAGGGACAUUUCUACGACAGCAGCAGAUUGACCUCUAAACUUCACUGCAGAGUGGACUGUGCUUACCUCUUUGUUAUGAGCGUUUUAUGAAACUGUAUGGCUGUGUCAGCAAAAGAAAUGUGAACUUCACACGAACGGCUGCUGAGUGAGAGAGAAAGAGUGGCGAGGUCUUUCAGAUGAAUGAGGAGAACGUCGGCUAUUUGAGGCCACUUGACUCUUUCUCUCCCUCCUCUCAUGCAGCUGUCAUCGACAACUGCUCUUCAACUCAGCGAACACACACAUGGACGCACACUGUCCUACUGUGCAGUGUCCGAGCCAGGCCCACGGACUCGAUAAAGGGAGCAUUUAGUGUGAGCAGAGUCCCGCCCUACUGGGACAACUGGUGCGAUGUAAGUGGAGGGAGCAGAGGACGAACACACAACUGUCAAAAGUAAUUUGUGAGCUUGGAUGUAUGUACAGGCGUGUGUCUAUUUCUAUACUUACAAGGGUCACAAUAUCCAGCCAGCCCAAAAACUGACAACAAUUCAGGCAUCAUUUUGUCGUUUGCACUCUACACACUAAUUGUAAGAUGUCGAUUAUUCAUAGGAUUAUACUAAAGGUUCAGGAUAAAUGGCAUUAUUUUUUCUGGGUUUAAAUGAAUUUGCUUACAGAAAUACUGUGUGUGAGGCUGCAGCCUGAUAUAGCUUCUGUGUCCUAUGUCUUUGAUUUUCAUUGUCCAAAUUACACACAAGACAAUUUGCUUAAAUGUAAUGAACAUGGCUUUGGUAGUGAAGUCUGUUUCUGUCCUGCAUGGUCCACGGGAAGUAUCUGGUUACACUGGGAAGUGGAUCAGAAAACUUGUUUUGAGCCUUCUCUUAAACAAAAGCUAACAGAAACUUGGUGGCAGUCUCCUGAAAAGGUAAAGUUAGCAGUUGGUUAACAGCAUAAAUUUGUAUAGUUAACCAAAAUUAAAACUGACCAAAGAAUCAUAAACCAUUUCAGUGUAACCCCAUCAAAUGGAUUACACUGAAAAUAAGCUAAUAAAAUAAGCUGAAAGUAAGUUUAAAAAAGAUUUCAUAUGUUUUUCCUUAUUUUCUGUUAUAUAUACAUACAGUUAAAAUUGGGAAUGUUCACAUUCACCAAGGCCUGUGGUUCAAAUAAUGAGGUCAGCAUGCAAACAAGUAAUCCAUGUGAGCCAAAAUCUCAGGCUUCACUUUCAGGCAGUUUUUUUCUUCUCCCGGUAUGAGAUCAAAAAGAUUGGAUAUCGCUAAUGUGGCCAUCUGCUGUUAAACCUUUAUGUUUAAAAGAAGCAGCAAAGAGAAAAAAAAUAGAUAAAUUGGCUUGUUUCAGACAGAGGAUCAUCUGAGAGAGGCAGGGCCAGCAUAACAUAAAUAAGGAUUGUUUCGAACUACAAAGCUUAUGUUUCUCAGUCAGUGGCUCAUUCAUUAGCUUCUUGACUUCCAGGUGAAUUUCUUUCACAAUUAUAGAUGUUCAGCGGGGAAAGUUUUACGGGACACUUGCCACCUUGAAUUCACUGAUUCCUCCAUGCCAUUUGAAACCACCCCAGCCUCCUCAUUAUGUACUCUUGGCAUUGUUGACUUAGGUAUUGAGAUGCCCUCCUUGAAAAGCUAAGAAACACUCCCCCUGUCUUCUCUCUCCAGCUGUGCAAAUUUUAUUGAUAAUCUACAACCACAGGGGCACAACAAAUAAGAAAAAAUCAUGUUAAAUUUGACCGACAACAUACUAGUAACAUAAAGUAAAUAUUUAUUAAGGCAGGAGAAAGUUUGUCCCUGCUGAUAUCGAGCUAGAUCACACCGUUUUUCAUCUAUCCAGCCACAUUUGGUACUGUAGGUCCCAUCUAAAUUCACUCAUUGUUUUGGAUUUCUGUUUUUUAAUAAACACAAAAGAACUUUUCUUGAAUGUGCCAUGCUUUUUUUUUUAACCAGCUGUUUUUGGCUGUAAUACUUCCUGGAGGAAGCAUGCAGGUCUCAGACCUCUUGCAGUUUUACAUCUUGUUUUGGUUGUGUUUUUAUUUUUAAAAAAAAGAGAUAGAAAAAAAUCAUUUGUCAGGCCAGUAAUGCAUUUAAAACAAGUCCUUACAAGAAUAGCAAUGUGUUAUUUUGCAUCGUGUGUAUCUGUGUACGUCUGAAGUGACCACCUCUGCAGCCAUUUAUGUGAAACUGUGAAAUACUACUCUGUCAUUUUGUAAAAUACCAUUUUCCGGGUACAUUCUGUAAAUCAACAGCCACAGCAUGCAGCAGUGUUCUCUGUGAAUAUAUUGAUAUAUGACCUGAAGUAUUGUUUCUGUCAAUCUUGCU